AUGACCCCCAUGAUAAUUAUAGUUCUGGUGUUAACAGCAGAAGGUAAGACAUUAUAUUACAGGGUAUUAUGGUAUCUACCUCUUACAUGUUUAGCCAUGGAAAGAAACAAAAUGAAAAUCUAUAAAAAAUGUCUUCGAUGGUCACUAAUUGUGGUUGCUUAGCAUUAAUGUGAUUGAUAUGACAAUUUAUUGAUAUAAUGCUAUUAUCUUUAAAUAUUGAUAUUUCAGAAUAACACAUGUAACCUAGACAUAUUUAUUACAUGCUGACUUCUAAAAUAAUAUAUGCUCUACAGUUAGUGCUAUGAUCUGUAAUCUCACUGAGGAGAGUAGAGAUCAUCAAUGUUAUGCGGCUCUGGGAGUAUCUUUGUCAUUCCGUCUGACUGCAAACACAAGUGAUAAAAAAAUUACAUUGAAGAAAGGUCAUAAACGUAUUCUGCACUUCAAAACUGGAGAAGACUGGAGAUCUAAAUUCCCUCAGGAUUAUGUGAAUCGCUCUGAGUUCUUUAAUAAUGGAACAUUUAGACUGGACAGAGUUACACAGGACGACUCUGGAGAUUACCUAUUGGAAAUAUAUAAUUCAGAGGGAACACUGUUGUGCAGAGUCAACGUGCUACUUGAGAUACAAGGUACAGAACCUUUUUGUUUACCAAUCAUCCUGCAUCCAUCCUGGUGGUCAUUAAAGACCAUAAUAUUGCCAGUGUUUUGUUAGAUCAUGCUACAUGGCAGUAAGGUCUCUGUGUUUGUGUCUGUCAGCCCCGGUGUCAGAGCCAGUGUUGUCUCACCUCUGUCUGCCUCAUGGAGAGACCGUGGUCACAUGCUCCUCAGAGGGAGAUGGUCUUCAGUACAGCUGGACCCUGAACGGCCAGAAUCUGACCAGGAGUGUAGCCUAUGA